AUGCCUCAGGAUGAGGCCAUGCUGCUUGACAACCUCCUGACGAAGCGGUGCUACUCCGAGGACCCCGUUUUUAAUGGAACUCAAAAGAAGCGCCGUGGGUACAAUGGAUCUCCGAUCCCGUCUACAAACGAGUACUGUGCGAAUCCAUGGACCUACCAUAAUUACACUGUCGGUGUGGUGUGCGCCAGGGGUAUUAAGAUGAGCGCUGUCCGCUACAUGCUUGACGACGAACAUCCUCGUUUGCCCACCAAGCAAGGCGACACACGCAUAUAUGUCCUCGGCGAACUAGUGGUCACAAUGUCGUGA